AGGGGGGGGCGUUCGUUUAUUACAGGACAAUACACACUUUCUGAUUAGUCUCCCUAACGGGGAUUUUUCGUUCCUCUUUUCUCUUGUCCAUUAGACCAUUCCGUCGUUCGCCGAUUGGUUGCUUACCAACGGCUUUCAAUAUCGCUUGAUUCACUGGUUUCACUGGUUUAAUCUGAUGUCGCCACACUCGAAAAUCGAAUGACUGAGCAAACUGAAAACUGCUGAAAAGAAUUGCAAAUACGAAUUUCCUCGGGGAGAAAGAUGGAACAUUCUUAUACAUGAUGCAAAGAAAUAUCUGCUUGAAAGAUGUUCUAAAUGCGUAAUAAUAUUGACAAGUGAAGGAAUGUGAUGAUAUUUGUCUCAUGUAUACUUUAAUAUCUUUUGAUACUUCAUCAACGUAUACUGCAACGUAUACUGAUACCUUCAAUAAUGUGACAGAUCUUGCAAAUGACUUUGCGCUCGACACAGACUUCACCGACGAUAUUGCGGUUCAGCAAACGUCACAUUAAGCAGUAUGAGUCAUGUAUGGGUGUGAAGAUGAGCGGUGUAAAACACAAGAUAUGCAUGGUCUCGGAUUUCUUUUACCCAAACAUGGGCGGCGUCGAGGAGCAUAUUUUCAACUUAUCCCAAUGUUUGCUAGAACAUGGGCAUAAAGUGGUAAUACUCACACAUUCCUAUGGAGAUAGGGUAGGAGUGCGAUACAUGACAAAUGGCUUAAAAGUGUAUUAUAUUCCUAUAAAAGUAUUCUACAAUCAAUGUGUACUUCCGACGAUGGUGUGCUCUCUUCCACUUAUUAGAUAUAUCUUCAUAAGAGAAGAUAUACAGAUAAUACAUGGCCAUUCUGCAUUCUCUGCUUUGGCGCACGAGGGAAUGUUGAUCGGUAGAUUAAUGGGAUUGAAAACAGUUUUCACGGAUCAUUCUCUCUUUGGCUUUGCGGACGCCUCGGCUGUUCUGACAAACAAAUUUCUUGAAAUAUCAUUAGUCGAUUGCGAUCAUUGCAUAUGCGUGUCUCAUAUUGGGAAAGAAAAUACGGUAUUGCGAGCUAAAGUGCAAAAAGAGAAAGUCUCGGUUAUCCCAAAUGCUGUUGAUACCACAUUAUUCACACCUGAUGUCAGUAAACGAAGCAACGAUUUUAUUACCAUAGUGAUAGUAUCGCGAUUAGUGUACAGGAAGGGUGUUGACCUCCUAGCCCAUAUAAUACCUGAGGUUUGUUCACGCCAUAAGAAUGUACAAUUCUUAAUCGGCGGGGACGGUCCGAAGAGAUGGCUUAUAGAGGAAGUGCGAGAAAGAAAUUUGUUACAACACCGAGUUACCUUAUUGGGCAGCUUGGAGCACUCGCAAGUUAGACAUGUCCUGAACAAGGGUCACAUCUUUCUAAACACGAGUCUUACGGAGGCUUACUGUAUGGCUAUUGUAGAAGCAGCUUCUUGCGGUUUGCAAGUGGUGUCAACAAAGGUUGGUGGGAUCCCAGAAGUUUUGCCAGCAGAUUUAAUUUACCUGGUGGAACCCACUGUACCUGCAUUAAUUGAAGGAUUGGAAAUAGCUAUAGCAGACUACAAAAAGGGCAAUAUCAAAUGUCCGUUUGAAAUGCACAGAAAGAUAGGCUUGUUUUACAAUUGGUUCAACAUCACUAAACGUACCGAGAUAGUGUACAAUUUGGUGAAACGUGAAGCUAAGAAGAAUCUGGGACAGCAGUUGACGAAUCAGAUACGAAGUGGUGUAUUGGCCUAUUUGCUCGUAGUGUCAUUGUGUUAUAUAAUAUUACAGAUUUUGGAAUUCUUCGUUCCUAGAAAGUACAUCGAUAUUGCGCGAGAUUAUAGUGAUAUUCAUGUUGUACAAUCCAGCGGGAAAGGGAAAGAAGAUUAGUCAAUUGUCGAAAGCCCGAAAUGCGAAGUUCUCAAUGUGUUCAAGUAUUUUAUUCUGUACUCUGAAACAUUCCAAAACUCGCGUCUCCCCUGCAAAAAUUAUUGUUACAGGUAUAAUCAAAGUACACCUUCAUGUAAAAGGAACAAUCGUCGUUGCAUUUACCAAUGAAGUUUUUAAGGAAAUAUAUAUAGAUGUAUAUAUAGAUGUGUUGUACAGGUAACAAUGUAUAAGUAACAAAAACAUGCGCAAAGUACAAAUAUCAUAAUACUUGUUUGUAGAGUUACAAGUGACGUAACGUAUCGUGAUGGUUUCACUCGUGUCAUCUUGCUCUUGUAACUGUUAUUGCUUAAAGCUAAACGAUAGCGCGCGACGUGUCGCCUUAUGUUGAAUAUUAGAUCGUUUAUGAAAAUAAUGUAACAUGUCCAUUAAAUGAUUUUUAUUAUGAUA